AUGGAGCCAGCUGACUGGAGUAACUUGGAGUUCUUUUUCAAGGAUAGAUUGGUGGAAGAUUUCACAACAGUAGAAGAGGAACUUCGGAAAAUAAGGGAGUGCAGAUCCAGAAGGAGUAAAAGAGCCUCUGAAUCAAUGGUUUUCUGCAUAGUUGUGAAGAGUCAGAAGAGAUACAAAGGAAUGUACAUCCGGGCGAUCCUAAAUGGACUUGCAUUAGGAACAGAGCCUAGCGCAGAAAUACGCCCAGAAAGCUUUCUAGUAGGGGAGUGUAGCAGAAAUGCAAGCCAUGACGGAGUGUUUUUUGUCAAGAUUGAGAUAUGGAGCCUUGAAGGAAUGGUUUCCGAGGAGACCUUCAGGAUUACGAGUCUGGAUGUGUUUUCGAAGAAGCUAGGUUUCCUCAGGCUAAUUCACAAAGGCGUCCAGGAGGAGAUUGAAGUAGAGAUCCAUUGCGUUCAGACGGACGGGAGUGGGAGCCAAGCUUACGAUGAUAUGAAGGCAAUAGGGCAUCGCGGAUGUGGGGAAAAUAGAUUGACUACGACGAACCUGAUGGAGAACACCAUUUCCUCAUUUCUAGAGGCAUACAGAAGAGGAGCGAAGUGGGUGGAAAUGGAUGUGCAACUCACGAAAGACGAAGUUCCUGUAGUGUUUCACGACUUUGGAAUACAAACAGGUGGGUCGUAUGCAGGGAUAAAUGAGGUCACACUUGAGGAGUUUCUCAGUCUUGUAGGGAAUCCAGAUGAGAAGGAGCACCACCUCCCCUGCACACUUUCAAAGCUUCUAGACCAAAUUGGUAAUGAGCAUGGAAUCAAUAUAGAGAUAAAGUAUCCUCUUCCAUCUGAAGAGAGGGAGCAUGGGCUUCGAGGCCUGAUCCCGGCAGAAAAGGUCGUUGAGAGAAUCGUAGAAACGGUUCAGAGAAGUGGAAGGCAAAAAGUAAUCUUUUCGUCAUUCCAUCCGUAUGUUCUCCUGUUACUGAAACUGAGGCUUCCUAGCUCCAACAUUUAUAUGCUGACAGAGGCAAACAAUAAUAAGGAAAAUCCAUAUACGGGCACCUUGUACGAUGCCUUGUACUUCUCCGCAAAGCUGGGGCUGGAUGGUGUCGUCCUGGAUUGGAACUGCAUAUCUGCAAGUCCAAUACACAUUGUUAAAGCCUUUGAGUCGUUUGAUCUCAAAACGAUUGUAUAUGGUUCUGGAGUCAAUAAUAGGGAUGUCAUACACAUUCUGAACGAGGCUGGAGUCCAUGGAAUAAUACUGGAUAACCUGGAUCUGGCUUAUACAAAUGGCAAUGGUAUCUACUGA